AUGUCUGAAUAUUUUCCGUCGCUUUCUCGGGAAACUAUGUCCUCCGCGUCGUCGAUGAGUUUCGGAACGACCUUCUCCAAUCUGGACACCUUUCUUCUACGUGUAACCCCAGAUGUUCCUUCGCACACCCUUCAUAUCCAGAAGUGCUGUAGUGAUCUAAAUAGACAAUGGCUCCCUCCUGGCAAUGACACAAUUGAAUACUUCAAUCUGAACGAUCUAUGGAACUGCUACUGUGAAUGGAGUGCAUAUGGUGCUGGUACACCUGUGACGUUGGAAAGUGGUGACACUGUAAUGCAAUACCAUGUUCCAUAUCUGUCUGCCAUCCAAAUCUACAGCAGUAAAUCUGUUGCAACUUCUAGGAUUCGGAGAGAGGAUAGUGAAGGAGCUGAACUUGAAUCUGAUUCCUUGAGUGAGGAAAGUGGAAGUUACCUAUCUAGAUCAUUAAGUAAUAAUUCUAGCAAAGCAUGGGAUGCCGUUUCUUUGGAUUCAAGCUGUGACAUAGUUGGUUCAUGGCCAACAAGGGAUAUGCUUGGCUACCUUUACUUACAGUACAAUGAGACUUCUCCACCAUUCCGGAGGGUUCCAUUUGUUGAGAAGAUCUUUGAGUUAGCUAAAAGUCAUCCAGCAUUGAUGACAUUGAAGAGUGUAGAUAUUUCCCCUGCAAGUUGGAUGGCUGUUUCUUGGUACCCGAUUUAUCCCAUACCAAGUCAGAAAGGUGAAAAGAACCUGGCAGCAAGCUUCCUCACUUACCAUACAUUGUCAUCUUCUUUCCAAGAUUGUACAAACAAUUAUGAUGACACUGAGAUAGGGGAAAAUCUAUGUUGUUUAGAUGGCAUGAGAAGCAUUAUAGCCGAGAAAUGUAAUUCGAAAAACAGCGGUUGUAUAUCUCUCUCACCAUUUGGGCUAGCUACUUACAAAAUGCGGAGAGAUAUUUGGUUAAAUCCUUCUGAUAAUGGAAAGGUGUUGGAUCUGUAUAGUGCUGCAGACUCGUGGUUGAAGCAGCUCAACACUUACCACCAUGACUUCAAAUUCUUCUCACUCAGAUACAACUUGUAA